CGUGACGUCACUUCCUGCGUCCUUCGCCGCCGCAGUCGCCUUCGUCUCCGCAUCGCUCCGCCAUGGCGCCUCCGGCCUCCUCAGCCUUCGUCGUCCUCGCUCGCCGCUUCGCCACCUCGUCGCUGCGCCGCAGCCACUACGGCGAGGGUCCCGGCCAGAACAUGCCCUUCUCAGUAGAGAAUCGCUGGCGUCUCCUGGCCCUCAUGGUCGGCUUCUUCGGCAGCGGCUUUGCCCUUCCCUUCGUAGUGGUGCGGCACCAGCUGCUGAAGAAGUAGCGCACAGCAUGGUUGCUGUCUCCAUGAUGUCUCCGCGUCUCCUCUGCUGAAUUUGGUUUUGAGCGUAAAUAAUAAACUCUGAACUCGGCACAGAC